AUGGCAAUGACAAAAUCACUAAUUGAUACAACUGUUGCUGGUAAAGAAAAUUCAGAUGAACAGACCAUUUUAAAAAAAUUAUUCAAGAUGAUAUUUAAUCUACCUCAAACGGUGUCAUCCACUGAGGCUGUGAUUGAUAUAAUUAAUACUACACAAGAACAAGUUAUUAAAAAAGGCAUGAUUGAUCCUGAGUCGCAAAAGUCUUUAAUCAGUUUCUAUGAAUCAGCUGAUAUAGAAACUGCUAGAGAAGAAGAAAUAAUUAGAAGUAUUUUGGAAAAAAUACAUGAAAUACGAAACAUUCGUCAUCAAAAUAUCAAAUCACUUCUGCAGUCUCAAAGAAGUUCGACAUUCCUUAAAUUAUUACAAGUAACAGCAACGCGGAUGCCAGUGUGGCUUCCAAAGCAUGAUGAACAACCACCUCCAUUGUGUGGUGCUAUUGAGCCACUGCCUUCAUAUGUUGCAAAAAGUGGGGAUUUGGUGGCGGCGCUUGUUAAACAAUCUGGAGAAGAGCGAUGGAUUGUGGCAGAAGCAGUUGCAUUUAAAAAUGGAAGAUAUGAAGUGGAAGAUAUUGAUGUAAAAGAAACUAACCGUAAUUUCACAUUAGAAAAAAUAUACGUAAAGCCACUACCACUAAUGAGAGCUGAUCCAGUCACUUGUCCAGAUGCGUUUUUUCCCUGCAAUCAAUUUGUUUUAGCAAUGUAUCCACAAACUACUUGUUUCUUCAAAGCUCUAGUAAAAGCUCCUCCUAAAACAAGUUAUGACGGAUAUGAAGUUUUAUUUGAAGACGAUUUUAAUCAAUAUACCAUAAUGAUGGUUGUAUCCCAAAGAUUUGUUGUUUCUUAUCCAUCAUUAGAAAUUAUUCAUAAAGACGAUCAGAUGAGUGUAGAAUAUUAA